UUUAUUAUUACUAUUAUUAUUAUUAUUCUUGACCUUGUCGGAGGUAUAUCUCUCGUGAUACUGGUCCAUAGAGUGACAGUCAGGCCUCCUAUCCGUGUCCAUUGCAAGACUUAAUUAGACGCUCCCAGUAGUUGGAGCUUUUUUACUUUGCGCCCUAUUCUUCGACGGAUCAUUACUUGUUUCGUGUCACCAUGGUUUGGACUUUAACAUCCAUCACGGGCUCCAUCACGGGCUCCAUCACAUCCUCCAUCACAUCCUCCAUCUUCUUACCCGGCCGCCAUUUCUUCAAGGCCACCACCGCACCCAAGUCCAUCAUCCAACCCGAUGACUCCGAAUUCGAUGCCUACACACGACAGCUCACCCCCCUCGACGACUUCCUGGCCUCACUGCGCCACGACGGCCUCCAUCCGGCCUUUGACGUGGUCGAAUUCUCCCACCUGACAGAACACUCCCGGCUACCAGGCAAGAACCACGCCCGCGUCGUCAGUGUGACUCCGCGGGGCACCUGUACCUCGCCCUGCCCCCGCGCCUCGUGCUCCCGGCGGCACGUCUUCAAGGGCUUCGACUUCGACGCCUUCCUGCACCACGGGCCGAACUUCCACGAACACCAAAAGCGCACCAUGCUGCACGAGAUCCGCACCCUGGCCGCCCUGCCGCCGCACCCCAACAUCAUGCCGUGCCCGACCCACCUGGUGGUCGUCCACGGGGACACAGACAACAGGACCGGCACCGGGGCCCCGCCGCGCGUGUGCGGGUUCCUGCAGCCCGUGAUGAGGGGGGAGACGCUCGACGACCAGAUCACAAAGGCGGGGGACAGGCGGAUCCCGCUGGCGCGCAAGGCGAGGUGGUGUCGCGACAUGGCGGCCGCCGUGCUGCAUACGCACCGGGUGGCGGGGACGUACCACAUGGAUGUCAAGCCGGGGAACAUGCUCGUUGACGAUGCGGAUGGGAUACGGCUGAUUGACUGGGAGCAGAGCGGCGUGUCUAUGUUUACGCAUGCGAAGGAGGUGACGAUUGACCAGGAGGCGCGGGAGGAGGAGGAAGAAGAGGAAGAGGAGGAAGAAGAAGAAGAAGAAAAAAUGAAAGAGAAAGAGGACGGGGCGGAGGAGAGGAGAAGGAACAAACGAGGCAGAAUCGUGUACAUUCCCCGGACCGGCCCCAAGAGGUGCGACCUCCCGUGGGGAUACCCGGACUGGAACGUCUUCCCGGAAUGGAAGCGCACCUGCCCCCGGGCGGCGGAGCUGGCCGAGGUGUUCAGCCUGGGGCGCGUCAUGUGGAUGCUGAUGGAACAAGUGGAACAGUCGCCGUCCCCGACGGUGUGGACGGAUCGGUCCAACGACGUGCCGGAGAAGUGGAAGGCUAUAGCGAACCGCAGUCUAGAGGUGGACCCGAAUCGUCGGCCCGAGUUGGACGAGUUGGUCGACUUUUGGGAGCGGGAGGUGGCGGCGUUGACGGCCCGUGACGACGUAGUGGUGGCGGUGGGAUGUGGUGGGAUGCCGACUUUGUAAUGCCUAUGCGCCUUGAAAUUUCGUAACAUGAGAGCAAGCUGGAGAAAUGUAGGUUUAUUUGUGCAUGUCAGAACAGACUGGAAGAGAAGAGAGGAGA